CAUCUUUUCAUGCUUGAUAUUCGGCCGUUUACAACGUUUUUUCAUUUCCAAAAGUAAUUUUGAUCAAUUUGAGUUAACUGCACAUAUAAACCCUCAUUUCUUUCAAAUGAAUUUUAUUGAUGGUCAGCUUGACAUAAUGCCAAUAGAAAAUAGUACUGCUCAAAGAGAAAGGAGAAUAAUAACACAAGCUGGAAACUGGUGCAAUGUUAAUUCUAACUUAAUUGGAAGCUCUAUUUCUUCACAGGGUUAUUUUACAUUACUGAAUGGUGAUAUUUUAGGCCCUACUUUUGCUGUUGUUCUUACUGCCAGAUGGAAUACUUUAACAAAUGCUCAGCAGAAUGAAGAAUACCUGCCAGUUGCACCAAAUUUUGUUAUAAAGUUAUGUUCACAGAGUGAUUCACCUCAGUAUGUACAUAAUAAAAUGUUGCGGUGGAUUAAUAGUGGUGUUGAAGAGGGAUGGUUGAUUGAUUGA